AUGUCAUCAAAAGAAAUCUCUCUACGCAUUCGAAGAGAAGUUAGAGAUGGAAAUUUUCAAAUUGCUACCUCUUUUGCCUUCUGUUUAUCUCUUGCAUUUCUAGUCGUUCUUUUAGCAACAAUCAUUAAUGAUCACUUCAAGAAAUUCAUUUUAUACGAAGAUUUAUCCUUUUCUCGUCUCAAUGCAUUUCCACCUCUCUAUUCUUUCUCUUUAACCUCACAUUCUCAAUGUAAUUCUUCAUCGGUGCACCAGUCAAAUAGUUCAAAUAUGAGUUAUGAGCUAAAGGAUUGGAUUUCUCCGAAAAGUCUUUGGCAUUCAAUGAGUGACGAGGAAUUGAUGUGGCGAGCAUCUAUUGUACCUCGUAUGAGAGAGAAUCCUUUUAAUCUUACGACAAAAGUCGCAUUCAUGUUCUUAACUAGGGGAAGAUUACCCCUCGCCCCAUUAUGGGAGAUGUUCUUUAAAGGACACGAAGGCCUCUUCUCAAUAUACCUCCAUACGUCACCGGAGUUCACCUAUGAGCCUCCCGAGUCAUCGGUAUUCUACAAGCGUAGAAUACCUAGUAAGCCCGUUCAUUGGGGAAGAUCGACCAUGAUUGAUGGCGAGAGGCGUCUUCUAGCCAAUGCCCUACUUGACUUCUCUAAUGAAAGAUUUAUACUCCUCUCAGAGACCUGCAUUCCUCUAUUCAACUUCACAACCAUUUACAACUACCUCAUAAAUUCCAACCAAAGUUUCCUUAGUUCUUUUGAUGAUCCUCGACCCAUAGGCCGUGGUCGAUAUAACAAGCGAAUGUCGCCUUCCAUUACAUUAUUCGAUUGGCGAAAGGGCUCCCAAUGGUUUGAAGCUAAUCGAAAACUCGCCAUCGAGAUAGUAUCCGAUGUAAAAUACUACCCGAUUUUUAGAAACCAUUGCAUGCCACCAUGCUACAUGGAUGAGCAUUAUUUGCCAACUCUCGUGACUAAAAUUUGUCCUGAUUUAACAUCGAAUACGACAAUUACUUGGACUGAUUGGUCUGGACGUGGCUCACAUCCUACUACGUUUAAGAGAAAUGAUAUUACAGAAGAAUUUUUAGUUCGAAUUCGCCAUGGAUUUAACUGUACUUACAAUGGUGGGGUGAGCUCCAUUUGCUUCCUAUUUGCAAGAAAGUUUCAUCCCAAUUCUCUACAACCUUUGUUAAGGCUUGCCCCAUCGUUGCUUGGCUUCAAAGCUUAACCUAUGCAAAACCUGUGCAAGGAGUCAGCAAGUCUAAUGUGCGGGAACAGA